UAUUGAGCAGUAUCAUCAGUUCUUUCUUGAACUAUUUGACAAAGAUCCAACUUUAUCUAAUUUACUAAGCUAUGAGCAACACCAUCGAUUAUAUUCUGUAUUAAUUGCAAUUGAACCUUCUUUUGCAGAUUCACUUCUAGAUACAUAUAGUGCUCUAUGUGGUGUAAUUAAUGAACAGUUUCCAAAAGGGUCUACAAUGAAUCUAUUUAAACUUAAUAAAUAUGAAUAUUACAAAGAAGCCCAAAAAAAAAAUGAAAAGGAUGUUCAGUGGCAUGAGUUUUUAAAACUUGAUAAAAAGCAAUAUUUGAAUUUUAGGUUCUUACGUGGUAUAUCAUUAUCUUAUCAACCAAAAGGGAAGGCUAAAGAAGUUAUAAAAGAAUUUAAUAAAGCAAAUUCAAUAUUUCUAUCCUCUGAAGCUGACUUUGUUCUUUGUGAUUGGCUUAUCUCAUAUUGUAAUAGCAUGGAUAACACAGAUGAAAAUGCACUUGAACCUGAUAACUUAACAACUACUGAUUCCAGUCAAGAGCUGGAUAACUUAGGAUACCAUAAAACUAUAGAAGAAAAAAGACUUUUA